AUGUCUCCAGGCGGCGGAGGUAAUAUCAAGGUGGUGGUUCGGGUGCGACCCUUCAACAGCAGAGAAAUCGACAGAGGUGCAAAAUGUAUUGUGCAGAUGAAGGGUGCCCAGACGGUGCUUACGGCACCGCCAGGCGCGGAGGACAAAUCGCGAAAAGGCGGCAAAGGAGAUGGAGGAGCGAAGACCUUCGCUUUUGACCGAUCAUAUUGGUCCUUCGACAAGAAUGCUCCCAACUACGCCGGCCAAGAUAAUCUGUUUGACGACCUGGGUACCCCACUCCUAGACAAUGCCUUUAGCGGUUAUAACAACUGUAUUUUCGCCUACGGUCAAACCGGCUCCGGAAAGUCAUACUCAAUGAUGGGUUAUGGCCAGGAGUACGGUGUGAUCCCUCGCAUUUGCCAGUCCUUGUUUUUGCGGAUCUCCGAUAUUCAGCAGGAUAAGAAUCUCAAUUGUACGGUGGAAGUGUCCUACCUGGAAAUCUACAACGAACGGGUUCGUGAUUUGCUCAACCCGUCCAACAAAGGAAAUCUGAAGGUUCGCGAGCACCCGUCCACUGGUCCAUAUGUGGAGGAUCUCGCGAAACUGGCGGUUCGCUCGUUCGAGGAGAUUGAAAAUUUGAUGGACGAGGGUAACAAGGCCCGAACGGUGGCGGCGACGAACAUGAACGAAACCUCCAGUCGAUCCCAUGCGGUCUUUACUUUGACCCUUACACAAAAGCGCCACGAUGCAGAGACUUCGAUGGACACAGAGAAGGUAUCGAAAAUUAGUUUGGUCGAUUUGGCUGGUUCAGAGCGAGCAAACUCUACCGGUGCUACCGGUGCUCGUUUGAAGGAGGGCGCGGAGAUUAACAGAUCUCUAUCCACGCUGGGUCGUGUCAUUGCUGCCUUGGCCGAUGUCUCUUCAGGAAAACUCAAGAAAGCAUCUAUGGUUCCAUACCGUGAUUCCGUCUUGACCUGGCUCCUGAAGGACUCACUGGGUGGUAAUUCAAUGACUUCUAUGAUUGCCGCGAUUUCCCCAGCAGACAUAAAUUUUGACGAAACGCUAAGCACUCUGCGUUAUGCAGACUCGGCUAAGCGAAUUAAGAACCACGCCGUUGUGAACGAAGAUCCGAAUGCUCGUAUGAUCCGUGAGCUGAAGGAGGAAUUGGCGCAGCUGCGAUCCAAACUCGGUGGUGGCGUGGCUCCUGGAGGGGCUGCUGGUGCAGGUGGGAUUUCCCAAGAAGAAUACUAUCCUCCUGAUACACCUUUGGAGAAACAGAUGGUCUCUAUCCAACAGGCCGAUGGAUCAGUAACGAAAGUUAGUAAAGCCGAGAUUGUGGAGCAGCUGAAUCAAAGUGAAAAGCUGUACAAGGAUCUCAACCAGACUUGGGAAGAGAAACUGCAAAAGACAGAGCUCAUCCAUAAGGAACGUGAGGCCGCUUUGGAGGAGCUUGGAAUCAACAUUGAAAAGGGCUUCAUCGGGCUCAGUACACCGAAAAAGAUGCCUCACUUGGUCAACCUCAGUGAUGAUCCCUUAUUGGCAGAGUGUUUGGUCUACAAUAUCAAGCCAGGCACCACUACCGUGGGGCAUAUGGAUCAAGGAAACAGUGUCGAGAUUCGACUGAAUGGGUCAAAAAUUCUUACCAAACACUGUACCUUUGAGAAUGUCGACAACAUCGUCACUAUUGUUCCCACCGAGGGUGCGGCCGUGAUGGUCAAUGGCAUGCGCAUCGACAAACCCACCCGUCUGAAGAGUGGUUUCCGUAUCAUUCUUGGGGACUUCCAUAUCUUCCGCUUUAACCACCCCCAAGAAGCUCGCGCCGAGCGAGUUGAACAAAGUCUGUUGCGGCAUUCCGUGACCACGAGUCAAUUGGGCUCCCCUGCGCCAAAUAAAACCCAUGACCGCACUCUUAGCAAGACUGGCUCGGAGGUCGAUGGCGAUUCAAGCAGAGCCGAGUCACCAAUGCCCUCGCAACGUGGGCGAGAAUCCGAUUGGUUUCUUGCUCGACGAGAAGCAGUGAGCGCAAUGCUUGGACCGGAUCAUAUCUCAAAUUUGCCAGAUGAUGAGCUUGAUACUCUCUUCGAAAACGUGCAGAAAAUGCGAGCAGUGCGCCGUGGACUUCCUGAUAAUGAGGAAGACUCCGACUCACUCAGCUCAUUUCCCGUGCGAGACAAGUACAUGUCAAAUGGAACAAUCGAUAAUUUCUCCCUGGACACAGCCAUUACUAUGCCUGGCACUCCUCGACAGCAUGAAGAUGAGGAUGGCGCCAAUGGCGCUGUGUCUCUCAAAUCGGUCCGUCAGGACAUGCAGCGCCAACUUGAUCAGCAAAAAGAGGAAUUUCAAGACAAAUUAAAGCUUGCAGAAGCCUCGUCCAGCCACGAUCCAAGUGAAACGCGAACAGAGAAAGAGCGAAUGGAAGAUGCUCUCCGCACGGCUAAAGAGGAUUUUGAGGAGCAAUUACGGCAACAAAAAGAACAAUUUGAAACCCAGAUGCGUGACAUGGGCAAGCCUCUCCCUCAAAUUUUUGAGAACGGGUUUGCCAAAUUGAAUGAGCGUGAACUGGAGAUUGCACGAUCCGUUUUCCAUCAUUGGUCACAGCGCAAUUAUGUCCGUAUGGCGGAGAAGAUCCUGCAGCAUGCAUCGCUUUUGAAGGAGGCGCAAGUCAUGAGUCAAAUCAUGGACAAGAAUGUUGUCUUUCAAUUUGCUAUUGUUGACCACGGCCACAGCAUGGCUUCCUCGUACGAUCUUGUUUUGAAUGGCAUCUCUGGUGACGAGGAUAUUGUCCUGGAAGAAGCUAAAAAGCCAUGUGUUGGCGUACGAGUUAUUGACUACAAACAGUGUGUGAUACAUCUGUGGUCGAUUGAAAAACUUCAACGCCGCGUUCACUCCAUGCGCCAACUGCAUCAGUAUAUUGAUCGCCCCGACUAUAUCCAGCAUUUCAAACUCGAGAACCCUUUCUCGGAGCCGUGCUCGCCCCAAUACUCCCUUGUCGGCGAUGCCGAUAUACCCCUGACUGCUGUGUUCGAGACCCGUGUGCAGGACUUCUCUGUCGAGAUCACCUCGCCUUAUACCCAAAGCGUUGUAGGCAUCAUUCGGUUGUCUCUUGAGCCAUCAUCUGCACAAGCACCAUCAUCAACUUUGAAAUUUAACGUCGUCAUGCGUGACAUGGUAGGCUUCGCUGAAUGGGAGGGUUCGGACGUUCACGCUCAGCUUUUUGUUCCUGGAAUCUCCGAGGAAGGCGGUGCAACUACAACCCAAAUGAUCAAUGGCUUCGAGGAGAGCCCUGUGCGCUUUGAAAGCGUGCAUAGCAUGAGCCUUCCACUUUCAAGUCCCCGAACGGCCGCUCUCAAGGUCUGCGUCUACGCUCGCAUAACGUCGGUGCACCUUGACAAGCUCCUCAGCUGGGACGACAUGCGUGAUUCGGCAGAAAUCGCUCCCAAGAAACGCACCGCCCCUCGCAUCGCCGAAUCGGAGUUUUACUCGGAAGAACGGCAUGACGUGUUUGCUCGCGUCCAAAUUCUUGAGCUUGCAGAAUCUGGCGAGUACCUCCCCGUCGAGGUCCUUCAGAAUAGCCCCCUUGAUGCGGGCACGUAUCAACUUCACCAAGGCCUGCAGCGUCGUAUCUCGAUCAAUAUGACAUACAGCUCAACUGAGAGCUUGCCUUGGGAUGAUGUCACCAAUGCUCGUGUGGGCUCUGUGCGAUUGCUUGAUCCAUGGGGUAAAAUCCCUGAUCAGGACCUCCAAACUCCGGACGUACCUCUCAAAUUCCUCCAGGAGCCGAUGGUCAAAGACAAUGCCGAUGGAACAUCAAAUGUCACUAUUGUGGGCCAGUGGGAUUCAAGUCUGCACGGUUCCCUGCUUCUUGAUCGUGUGACGGCAGAAAAGUAUCGCGUCCAGGUGACUGUUCGCUGGGACCUUGUUUCUUCCAGACUUCAGACUCCUGUUGUUUUCGAAGUUGACCAGACCAUUCAAAUUUUGGGACGUACCUAUGUCCGUCAACAGUCGAUGUUCAAGCAGCUCUGGAGCUCCACUCGUGUUGUGCACUCGACCACCCAGAUGUAUUCGCUUGUCAUUCGCCCGGUCUCAGCCAAACGCGCCGCCGAUUUGUGGCGCAUGAAUACCCAGAACGACUACGUCAAAGGCGAAGAAUUGUUGACCACCUGGGCACCCCGCAAAGUAUCGCUUGUCCGUGAUUAUAUUGCGGCUCGUAAGCGCCGAUACCGCUUGGCUGAGCUGCAUGCUGCCCGUGGAGCGCUCAGUGCCGGCAGCUUGUUGCCAUCGCCGGCCCGGAGUGGCCGAUCGACGCCAAUGCGCAACCAAGAUAUCAACGAGCGCAAGUCCAAGCUUCUCAAGAAGUACCUUGACCUCUGGUCAGCUAAGAAAGACCCUACCGAGGCUAUUCUAGUCCGCAGUAACACCGAACCCCCAACCGAUGGCACAGCCAAAAACCAGUCAAAUGGUUCGGACGCCGUUUCGGACAAGGCGUCGUUGAAGCCUCGUUUCAUCGCCACCAUCCAAACUCUCCCAAAAAACCCAUCCUCCUUGAAGUCAGGCUAUGUGCUCACGCCGGAUGACACAAACAGUGUCUGGGUCCGCCGGUUUGUGGAGCUUCGCCGGCCGUACCUCCACAUCUACUCCGCCGAAGGAGACGAACUCAAUGCCAUCAAUCUGCGUAACUCUCGCGUCGACCAUGCGCCUGACUUUGCCCGCCUCCUUGACGGGUCUGCCGCCGGUGCCGACCGUUCGCUUUCUGCAAAGGGGCGACCAAAUAUCUUCGCCGUGUACGGAACCCAGAAUACUUUUCUGUUUGCGACGCGCACCGAGGCUCAAAAGGUUGAGUGGAUCCUGAAGAUUGACGAGAGCUAUUUCAGCAGCAACGGUGGCAGCGCAGUCGCCAGCGGUGACGAGCGGUGCUGA